AUGUGGCAUUUUCAACCAAAUUCUCCUUGCCCUGGGUCGUCUAAAAUUGAACAAAUUGGCGAUACGCUUCCAAUUGACAAAGAUAUCAUCCCCGUUUCUCUAUUGAACGCAUACGAUGAUGAGUACGAAACAUGUGUCAAUGCUUCCUUAAAAUUAUCAGUUAUCGUUCCUAAAAAACCAAAUAAUGGUACGGACUUGCAUAUUAAAAGAGGGUUGAGAAAAAAUCUCGAAGAAGAGAGAAAUAAUAAGCAUACUUCAGCUUCUACAGAGAAGAAGCCUACAGAGGAGGAUGAGUCUACAGAGAAGAAGCCUACAGAGGAGGAUGAGUCUACACAGAAGAAGCCUACAGAUGAGGAUGAGUCUACAGAGAAGAAGCCUACAGAGGAGGAGUCUACAGAGAAGAAGUCUAAAGAGAAGAAGCCUACAGAGGAGCCUACAGACAAGGAGUCUACAAAGAAGGAGCCUACAGAGAAGGAGCCUACAGGGGAUACCAAAAGUGGCGCUAAGAUCGCGGUAGAAGCCACAGAGGUGCUGGAUUUUCUAUGGAAUUCUCACUUGCCACCUAACCCUUUAAAGCCGUCCACAAGUUUGAAAUAG